CAGUGUACCAGUUGAUGUUCCGGGUCACACCUCCAUUUUCAAACAGGGGAACAACAGCAGUUAUCCACCCUCUGACUCUCUACAUUCCAGUAGCAGCACUAGCCUAUGUAGUUUUCCUGACACUGCCAGUUCUAGUCUGUCUCAUUCUGGUAGUUUCAGUAGUCUCCAACGACGCUGGCUUCGAAAUAUGGCCACUAGUAUGGAGGUAUGGCUACAACGACAACGUCUCUCAGAAGAUUCAGCUCAAAAUGAAGAGCUAAAGAAAUCUUCAGAACAGUCAAGAACAAGAUUAGGUCUGAGUUUGAUUAUAUCCCUAGAAGAGGAAAGUGAGGAAGAAGAAAGGAGAUUUCACAGUUUCUUUUUCUCUCACAUUGCACUGAUAGAAGGUCACAUACACCGACUGAAAGAUACUGUGCUGGAAAGUUACUUAAACCGCAAGAAUUUUGUAAAUGCCAUAUACAAGGGUGUAGAGCAGCUUCAGAUGUCUCUGCAAGAUCUUUUCACAGGCCCUCGCCUCUUGUCUCCAGUUUGGUUGUCUAUGAUGUCUCCCAAUGUUAAUCAUCAUCUUCAUUGUGCAAAAUUCAUUAGUGAGCUUGUCUCAUUGAUUGAGGAGUUUGAUACCAAGAAUACAAAUUUCUUUGUCAGCACAUUGUUGACAGCUGUCCUGACACAUCAUUUGGCAUGGGUUCCUACAGUUACCCCAUCUGGUGUUGCAACGAACCAGGUUGAACAUCGGAAACACAGAGCUUGUUGGGUGGAUGUGCUGGCCAGGUCUCAUCCAUACAACCCAUUGUGGAUGCAGUUAGGGGACCUAUAUGGAGCUAUUGGAAGUCCAACAAAAUUAGCUAAAACUGUUAUCAAUGGGAAAAAAACUGACAUUAUUAUUCGUUUCAUUUACAUUUUGAGCUAUUUCAUACGUUGCAGUGAUAUUUGUGAGUAUGACCAAGAGUGGCCUGAAGCUGAUGUGGUACUACAAGAAAAUAAAGAGUAUCAUUGUAACACAAAUCUAAAUGAACAAACUAUAAGUCUCACUCAAGAAAGUGAUACAAAUUCAAGUUUCUAUGACAAUCAACAUAUAUUUCAAUAUUCACCUGAUGAAAGGGAUUCACUUGGAAAGUGCCAAAAUAUUCAUAGAAUAACACAUAACUCCAGUAAAGAGAUACUCAAUCAUCUUGAAAGAGAACAAAUUAAGACAAUCCCAACAGAACUUUUAUGUAAAUGUGAGACUAUGAAAGAUAGAUUUUGGAUUCAUAAGCAUCAGUGUUGGAAAUCUUGUAGAAAUCUUGUAUCUCAGUGUUCAAAAGAAGACUUGAGGCACAGAACAUCUGUGAGUGAUUCAGAACUUUUUUUGAAACAUCAUAAUGGUUUUACACUGAUUCCAGAGAAUAUGAGCAGAAACAGUGCUGUGUUUAUGGUGGGGGAGAUUCCCCUAGUUUCUAAGCAGUGCAAGGAGACACAAGAACUGUGUAAUGGACAGUACUCAAGAGACAAAGAAGUAAUUUUCUUGGAUAGCUUGGGCUACAGCAGCAUGGAAGAUGUAUCAGACUCUACAGAAUUUAAGGAAAAAAGAGAAGUUGUUGAUACGACGGUAAAUGAUGCCUGUAAACAUGUAGUUGAUUUAAAAGAGUUUGACAAUUUGACAGUAAAAGAAUAUUAUCCUCCUGAAGUAAAAGUUGAACAUGUAAAAAAUACAUAUGCAAGUGCACCUUCAAAACAUCCUAAAACUAUUCCCAUUCAUAAAAUUCAAGAUAUUUUGUUGUUUAAGUCUAACGGUGUCCAAAAUUUUACUCAAGAAUCUGGAGAUUUUUCCAGUUUUGAUGUAAAACCCUUACUAAGAAACAUAGAUUUUGAUAAGGACACAAUAAAUCCUGUAAGGGAAGUUCAAAUUCUGCACAAGAAAAUUGGGUCAGAGACCAUUGAUAAGACCAAGCAAUACUUUCAGACAUACCACGGUUUGAGGUUUGCCUCUGAACCAAAAUGUACUUCAGAUGUGUUCACUGGAGAUUAUGUGCUAGAAAAUUUGACUCAAGACAGUCAUAAGAUUGCUAAAGCUAAGGAAAAGUUAUUAACAUCUUGCCAUUGUAGCUCAGGCAAAACUAAAGAUAUGUUAUCUGUAGAUUCCACUGCCCAUGAGGAAGGUUAUCAAAGCUUGGAUGAGAAACCUCCUGAGAACAGAAAUGCUUCAUUAGGAGCUAUCUUAAGGUCACAUGAAGAAAAUCCAUUAGAAGGUGUAAUAGAAUUACCACUACCUCGGUUACAAAUCAAACAAGGUUGCUCCAAAGACAGUGUUCCAAGUAAUUUCGGUUGGUCUCUCUUUGCUGGAGUGUCUGAUCAUUACAUGACUGAUUUUUGUCUCCAAGGUGUGAAAGGCUCAAUCCAAGAUUUGGACAUUAGAAAGGAUCUAAUAACUUGUACCCAGGCUUCUGUACUUGGUGAUCCAGUUGCUGAAACAGUCUGUAUUUUAGCUGACACAGAUCAGUGGAGUGUACGCUUAGUUUCAAGUAAUCGACAGGAAGGAGACAAAACAGGAUCUUGCAGUAUACGUGUUGGCAUGUCCCCAAUUGUUUCAGGAAUGUGUGAAUCUCUGGUACAUAUGUGCAAGUUGAAGCUGUCGCCUGAGUUUUGCUUGAUGCAUCUGGAAGAUAAGCUUCAAGAACUCUAUAUACGGAGUAAGUCAUUAGGUUCAUAUCUUGCAGACAAUAGAUCUCCUGAUAAUCUGGAUGAUGCUGUAGCAGUUCUUGGGUUUGACCGUAACGAUUUACCCCUUCUCAUGUCUGUGGCCUUAACUCAUGCUCCACAGUGUGAUAAACCUACAUGUUGAUAUUGAUAAAUCAGCAUUUUUGAAGAAACAAAGAAGUGGUUUAUACUGGUUUACAGAAGAUUCGGGAUGUUUGCCUAUUUCAUGUACUAAACCAAGAGGAGAAGAAGUAGGCCUUGUUUAGUUUAUUGCAGUUGAGAUAAUUAUGCUAUACAGAGCUGUCCAAAUGAAUUAAACAAAAUUAUGAAAUAGUUACAAGAGGUUAUUUUAUAUUCAGAAGAUAUUUGUUAAAGUCUACUCCUGUCUUGUGUGCCAUGUUUUUUUUUUUUGUGUGUGUUUACUUUUUAUCUUUAGCACUUAAAGGAAGAUGAUUUACUGAGUGUUUCAUGAGUUAAUAACAUCUGUACUUUUCAACUAACCUGUUACUAUAUGCUUCUGGAAAAUCAGACUGUCAUCAUACUAAAUAUAUUCAGAUGUUGGUUCAAUAAUUUAAUAACUAUAGGUUAACAGUGCAGUUUCGUGAGUUAAAAAUUAACUAAUCAUAGAUAGGGUGUUUUUAAAUCUAAUUGAGAAUAGAGACUUGGUUGUUUGACAUUUUAAGUGAUGCAGUAAAAUCACACUAAAAUCUACUUUGGCAUAUUUAGUAUGCCUGUAACUCAGUUUUAUUUUCUUCAUUUCAGUGGAUUUGAGACUAAGGGUAGUUGAAUUUAUAUAUAUAUAUUAAGGACUAGUUUUUUCUAAUAAUUACUUGUAGUUUUUAUGUAUUUUGUAUCUUUAAAGUUUUUACUUAAACAGCUUUUUAGCAUUUACUUCUGAAUUUGCAAAAUUUGAUGUUAAUUUUGAGAAUAUAAAGUGUUUGUGUCAGUGUUGAAACCAGAAGAAAACAGUGUAUCAAUUCCACAGUUCACUUAAAUGUGUUGGCGAUGAGUAAGUCGGAGAUGAUAAAAUCAGGAGUGGAGAUAGAGAUAAUUUUCUUCACCUAUGUUGAAAAUGAGGAAACAACUGUAAAUUUAUUGAUCAUUUGAAACACAGGAGACAAAAAUCCAGACCAAUGAUGAAUAUUAUUUUAAAACAAGAGAGAAACUUUACUACAAAUCUAUUGAUAAUUUGAAACACAGGAGACUAGUAUCCAGAAAAUGAAGAAAAAGUUACCUUCAUCCUUGUUAACAGUAAGGAAUACUGCAUAUUUUAAAAUAAGAGCAUUUACAACAAAAGGGUAGAGGAAAUCCUAAAUGUAAGAUAUAGUUAACUGUAAAAUGUUAUGUUGUGAAAUACAGAAGAAAAAAGGAUUGAAGUUACAAGUAAACUACAGAUGCACUGAUAGUGAAAAAUAGAGGAAAAGAAAGGUGUGAAAGACAUAUUUAAUUGCAAUUUGUUAGACAAAAUCCUUUAUUUAUAUUCAUAUGACAACCUCAAGAAGUCUUACUUUUUUACUCUUUGGAUUAUUUGAACUCGUGAUAAGGUAGAUUGCUGCUUCACAAUUGUAGUAUAUUUUCUGUUAUUAUUAUACUUUUAGUCCAACCCAAUGCUUGCCAUCUCACAAGUUCUAGCUUGAAAGUGUCUUUUUUUAUAAAAUAAUUUUGCUUAGAGACCCUAAAUUAUGCAAAAAUGUAUCUAAAUUUCUUUUACAAAUCAUUAUUGAGUUAUGAAUAUUUAAAGAAGUUAUGAUAAGUGAGAUAGUUUGAGUAUUAUUUUCUGUUCUGUAUUAUGAUAAGUUUUCAUAUUAAAUCUUUAAAUGCACUAUUUAGUAUCAUUACUUACAUAUUUAUUUCUCUUUUAACAUAAGUAGUUCAGAUCAUGUUUUUUUCCCUUGAAUAUGAUUAGCAAAGUAAUAAUAUCAAAGUUUGUUAUUACACUUUGAAGUUUGUGAAAAUCUUUUCAUGAGAUAUGGCCUGUGCUUGUAAGUUUCAUAUGAAACACUGGAUAAAAAUUUCUCAUUCAAUAUAACAUAUUGAAAAACUUAAUGUUUGAUAGAUAUUAUGUUAAGAAAAAUACCAAUUAGUUUUUUGAUUGUUAUAUCUCCUUUAUCCUUAAUGUUUAUUAAAACCUUGGUCCACUCUCUCACCAAAAUAUAAAUCGAAGUCUUUUUUACGGAGAUGGUGAUUUUCACUGUCCCAUCUGUGCACGUGUAACCCUGGUUGUGAAUUAAUUUAACUAUUUAUGUACUUGAAACUCUGAUUAGUUAAUUUUCUAAACUUGCUUUACUGCCGUUGUUAACAUUGGGUGUUGUAUUAGACUUGUGCUUGCAAAAAAAACCUUUGUUGGCUAACAAUGUUUUUCUUCGUGAACUUAAGUAACUUAUUAUUUAUUUUUCUUAAUUAAUGACUUUGCUAAUUUUGGUGACAAUUUCUGUUUUUGGAUAUGUUUUGACCACAAGUUGUGAUGCUACAGUAUUUUUUCCUUCUUUAUAAAUAACUUGGACUAUAUUUACUCAAACAAAAGUUAAAUACAGAAAAAUAUUUAAUUAUGGUAAUGACUCCAAUAUGAUAUUUUUAGUUUAUUUGAUUUUGUAACUCCAACUUGUUCCCAUUGUCUACAUUGUGAUACUUCUGCUUUGAAUUCAUAUACAUGCUAAACAUGUUUGUUUUAUUUGCAAAAAAAGAAAAAAAAUUAAUUGAUAUGUAUGAAACAAGGUUGUCAAAGUAGGACCCUAUUACAAAUCUAUUUUAGCAAAUUUAAGUAAAAAUUAAUAAGCAUGUAUUCUAUAUACUUCAAAAAUUAUUUUGGUUAAAAUGAUGUAGUUACUAGCCUGUACAGUGCAAAAUCAAACAAUAAUCUUUUCAUAUUUCUGUAUAAAACAAGAAAUAAGAGAAAAACUGUGAUCAGAUAUCAAGGUGUUGGUUUUAUUUCCAUACAAUCUUUGAUAGUUGUUUUGGUUUAAUUCUCUCAGGCCCCAAGGGACCUUACAGAUAACAGGGGUUGUUAGUAACUUUUGUGUCUCUUCACCUCACUUUGAUGGUGUGUAUGUGUGUUACUUAUCUGUUUAUAAAGCAUGAUUUCAGAUAUACAUUAAUAUAUAAAAUAUUUCAGUAUAUAUCAUAUCUAAAAAAUUGUCUACAUAUCUUACAAGCUAGUAACUAUUUUUUAUUGCAGUUUAUAUAUAACGAUCUAAUUGUGAUAAUGAUAAGUAAGUAUAAGUAAAAAUAAUUGUAUUUUUUAGGAAUUGCUAAGAUAUUUACUAUGUAA